AUGGCAGUCGACGAAGGCGUAGUGCUGGUGCCCUACAAUGGCACCGGCCAACAGGGCGCUGAUCCCCUCACGAUGGACGUUAACAUCUGGUACGAGUCUGGGGAUAUUGCUUGGAUGCUCACGUCCACGGCUCUCGUCCUGCUUAUGAUUCCUGGCGUUGGCUUCUUCUACUCCGGCCUGGCUCGCCGCAAGUCGGCCCUCUCGCUCAUCUGGCUCUCGGUCAUGAGCGCGGCCGUGACAUGCUUCCAAUGGUUCUUCUGGGGUUACUCACUGACCUUUUCGCACACGGCCGGCCCUUUCAUCGGUGACCUGUCCAACUUCGCCUUCCGCAAUGUCCUCGCUCGCCCUUCGGUCGGCUCCGACAAGGUGCCGGACCUGCUCUUCGCCGUCUACCAGGGCAUGUUCUCUGCCAUCACCGUCGCCCUCGCUACCGGCGCCGUCGCCGAACGCGGCCGCAUGCUCCCCUGCGUCAUCUUCAUGUUCGUCUGGGCCACCGUCAUCUACGAUCCCAUUGCGUGCUGGACCUGGAACCCGAGCGGAUGGUCCACCACCAUGGGUGGCCUUGACUUCGCCGGCGGUACCCCCGUGCAUAUUGCUUCUGGCAGCGCCGCACUCGCUUACUCUAUGAUGCUGGGCAAGCGCCGCGGCCACGGCACCCACGAGCUCAACUACCGUCCUCACAACGUCACCCACAUCGUCAUCGGCACCGUCUUCCUCUGGGUCGGCUGGUUCGGCUUCAACGCCGGUUCCGCCCUCUCCGCCAACCUUCGCGGCGUCAUGGCGGCUGUUGUAACCAACUUGGCGGCUUGUGUCGGAGGCAUGACCUGGUGUAUCCUGGAUUAUCGCUUGGAGCGAAAGUGGUCGACUGUGGGUUUCUGCUCCGGCGUCGUUGCCGGACUGGUCUCCAUUACCCCUGGAUCUGGAUACGUCCCCGCUUGGUCGGCUGUCGUCUUCGGUGUCCUCGGAGCUUCCUUCUCCAACUAUGCCACCAAGGUCAAGUUCCUCCUUCGCAUCGACGACGCCCUUGACAUCUUCGCCGUGCACGGCGUCGGCGGCCUGGUUGGCAACAUCUGCACCGCAUUCUUCGCCAGCAAGUCCAUCGCUGCUCUCGACGGUCACUCCCGCAUCGAUGGUGGCUGGCUCGACCACCACUGGAUUCAGAUGGGCUACCAGCUCGCCGAUUCCUUUACCGGCGGCCUGUACUCGUUUAGCGGAACCUGCCUGAUCCUCUUCAUCAUGAACAUGAUUCCCGGGCUCCGCCUCCGCGCCUCCGAGGACGCCGAGGUCCUGGGUAUUGAUGACGCCGAGAUUGGUGAGUUUGCCUACGACUACGUCGAGCUCACACGAGAGGUGGUCAACGACCUUGAGAACGAGGCCGGUAGCCGGUACUCGGCCGAUCCGUCAGCGUUCCACCCCUACGAGAAGAACAGCAUCCCCCUGAUAGACGCGAGGAUGUUUGGCGGGCAACCUGCACCGGCCCCAGUCGCGUUCCCUCAAUGA